ACUGCCUUGCUUGUUUCUCGCGCGUACCAAUCGGCGAAAAGUGGAGCACUCGCCGCAGACACAAUGAAUCUUGCAUCUCUCGGAGAGAAUCCUCCUCACUUCGACCACGGCCACGCGACCAUUCGGACACAAGUGCGCGAAUAUACAACACGUUCGAGAUGAGGAGGUAUUAUUUAUUCAUCCUGCUGGCGUACCAAAGUUUGCACAGCUCAUCUGCCACUUUUGACUUUCCAACCUUUGACGGCGCAAAACCUCUGAUGAGCGCUCUGGGCAGCAUGCAGCAAUUUUUCUUCGGAGGCGGCGGGCCAGGUCGCGUGGUAAAAAGCGCGUCAUCCCCCGAAUCGGCCUACGCGUCCGCCACCGUCGGCUACGGCACCAUCCUCAAGAAUCCCGCGCCCCUGGUCAAGUCCGCUCCCUACGGCCCGCCUCGGCCUCCGCUCAGGCGGCCGGCGAGGCCGCUGGCCCGGCCUGUCAACAAGUACGCGCAGUUCAAGGGCGGCUACUACCCCAAAUUCAAGCCGCAACCCCCAGGCACUUACGAGAAACUGAAACCAGCGGUGGUGGAACACAAACAACUCCAGGGCAGCAAGGAGUACCCUUUGCCGCCGCACAAGCACCACCAACCCUACGAGUACACCAGAAAUCAGGUACUUUACACGUCCUACACAACGGCGCCUGAAGAGUCAACCAAAAGCAACGCAGUCAUCGUCCAACAAAGCGUCCGGCCGCCCAUCCACAUCUACCAGCAGCCGCACGUGGCCACGUCGCACCAGGUGUCCAACCUGAACGUCAAGGCGGUGGCGCCCGUCGUCCACCAACAUCACCACCGCUCUGACAACCUGGUCGACUUUUCGCGGCCCGACCCCGUUUUCACGGCAGCCUCGAUGGGUUCCGACUGGAAGCCCAUCAGCUCGCCUGUGAAUGGCAGGUUGCCCGAAAGGCGAAACGACGUUUUGGUGCACAAACAGGUGGAAGCGCCGCCGACCAUCAAGAGACAACACGACAUCAUGCCCUACGUGACCAUCAAGAAGCCGCACAUCGACCGGUCAGACCAUUCUUUUAUCGACGAGGAACCCUCGGAAGAAGUGGUUUCGGCGGUGGUUUUCGUCAAGAAGACCAACGACGAUUGAAAUGUACAAAAUUAUUUAACUCGAUUACUGCCCUUUCAAUGAACACUUUGAAAGUUUUUCCUAUGCAAAAAUGGGAAUUGUCAGAUAAUAAUUAUCAUUAUAAUGUUUCUGCUUCUUUUAAGGAUGACGUGUAUUUAAACUAUUUAAUUUUUCUAUUAAGAAUUAAUUCAUUGGUGCCUACUGGAGAUUGUUUUAUUAAAAAUAUACAUGGGAAUCGUGGAGACUGUUGACAAUAAACUCAGCUGUAUAAGUACUAAUCAAAAUAUUAAACUUCUAGUAUGGCAAUUGUUAAUUAUUAUGAUGUACAUUUAUCUAUUGUUAAAAAUGCAAUAUAAUAAAGAAGGAGACGUCUCGUAA